GUCGUAUAUAGGCGCCGCACCGGACGCCGCGAGGACGGGACGGCAACAACGAGCAGAAAAGGUCACACGAGCCGGCCCGGUGGGAGGAAGAGGCACGCACUGCUCAGCCGCCCGCGCGCGCGCGUCCAUGGCGGGGCUGCAGCGGUCGAGCGAGACGUUCCGGCGGUCGGGGUCGUCGGGGACGGUGUGGGAGGACAAGCACCAGUCGGCGUCGGGGGAGCUCGCCAGGCCGGCCCGGAGCGCCAAUAAGGAGGCGCCGGCCGCGCGGCAACAGCAGCGGCGGAGCGGAUCCAGCGGCCACGGCGGGUACAGGACCGGCCACGUGCAGCCGGCGCUGGACCCGCCGUCCCCGCGCGUCGCCGCCUGCGGCUUCUGCAGCAUCUUCGGCAAGGACAAGCAGCUGCCGGCCCGCGGCGCCGGCGGCAAGGGCCGGCGCCGCUGACGAGCUUCGGCCUGGCGGGCGUGCAAGCAAGCUCUGGCUAUGCAAACUAUACUCCCUCCAGUUACUGUUAGCUUCUUGCUGGUUGCUGCUACCUGCUACUCUGGUAGUAGCUUCGGUCUUGUCGUGAUAGCAUGUUAUAGGAUACAUGCAUGAUCAGAGAUCGCAGAGUUCAAGUUUUGUAUUUGUGUUCGUACAAAAUGGAUCGCGUUGUGCACUGUUCUUCCCAGUUCUCUUAUGGCAAUGCAAAGUGGUUUUAUGCUUGGAUUCCA